CUUUCAUGUUUUCGCUCACUGUUCAACGGGUCAAAGAGGUAAUCCUUACGACUUCCAGACAUGUCCCCCCAAAUGCUCUCGGGCUAGGGUUCCAAAAAGUUCAAUUCAGUUGCGAGAUUUGAGGUCGUUUUCGUCGGAUAACCCAUUGUGCAGAUCACUGAGGGCAUUAUUGGAUGGGAACGUCCUCUGGAUCUCAUUUCAAUAAUCAAUCCUCGAUGCUGCCUCCUCGUCAACAAACAUGGCCUGGAUGUGGGGGACUGCAAACCUCCAUCUCGUUAGUGUCACCAGAUGCCUCUGGAUCUCCAAAUCUUCAGGAGCGCAGCUCAAAUUCCGAUCAGGUGCGUGAAUCCCCAUCAGAAAGUGCCAGUUCACGAGAAACCUGGCCCACCGCAGAUGCUUCUUUAGGCAAGCAAAAAGAAAGAGAGAAUGGUUUUGCUGAGCAUUCUGUUGUUUGGCACAUUUCAAGUUCAGAUAAGAUGUCUCUUCGAGAUGUGGCCAGAGAACGAGUGGAGAUUAUAGCAGAAAGAAUGCAAAAUCUCCCAGACGAUUAUCUAGACAAGUUUAAAAAUGAACUUCGAUCUUUUCUCGAAGGGUUAGGUGAUUCUCAGCAAAGAGAAGAAUUCCUAUUUCUACAGAAGCUGGUACAAAGUCGGGGUGACUUGACAGAGAAAACACUGGUUAUGGCACAUAGGGUUCAGCUAGAAAUUCUAGUUUCUAUAAAAACUGGAAUUCAGGCAUUUUUGCAUCCAAGUGUCAGCCUCUCUCAAGCUUCGCUCAUUGACAUUUUCUUGUACAAGAGGUGCAGGAAUAUAGCAUGUGGAAGUGCAUUGCCAGCGGACGACUGUACAUGUGAGUUGUGCUCGAAGAGAAAUGGUUUCUGCAACCUCUGCAUGUGUUUGAUCUGCAACAAGUUUGAUUUUGAGGUUAACACGUGCCGCUGGAUUGGGUGUGAUUUUUGUUCUCACUGGACUCACACGGAUUGUGCUAUACGAAAUGGGCAGAUUGGCAUGGCCCCUUGUGUUAAAAAUGGGUCGAGCUCCACGGAGAUGCUAUUUAGGUGUCGAGCCUGCAGUAGGACUUCUGAGUUAGUAGGGUGGGUAAAAGAUGUCUUCCAGCACUGUGUGCGAAGCUGGGAUAGAAAUUCUUUGACUAGAGAACUUGAUUUUGUUAGUAGAAUUUUCCGUGGAAGUGAGGAUCCAAGAGGCCGGAAAUUAUUCUGGAAGUGUGAGGAGCUUAUUGAAAAAUUGAAAAGUGGCCUUGCGGAACCUACGGCUUGUAAAGCAAUAUUAAUGUUCUUUCAAGAGCUUGAAGUAGACCCCUUAAAGAAUCAAGAGAGUGAGGAAGCUGGCAGGACGAUAUCCCCACAGGAGGCAUUUAAUAGUAUAGCUGAUGUAGUUCAGGAAGCUGUGAGAAAGAUGGAAAUGGUCACAGAGGAGAAGAUGAGGAUGGUGAAAAAAGCCCGUGUGGCUGUGGAGGCUUGUGAGCAAGAGCUCAAGGAUAAAGCUAGGGAAGUUGCUGCACUAAAGAUGGAAAGGCAGAGAAAGAAGAUACAAAUUGAUGAGCUUGAAAGUAUUGUAAGACUUAAACAGGCCGAGGCCAACAUGUUUGAGCUGAGGGCCAAUGAAGCUCGACGAGAAGCUGAGAGGCUGCAAAGAAUUGCACUUGCCAAGACCAAGAAGUCAGAAGAGGACUAUGCUAGUCGGUAUCUCAAGCAAAGAUUGGAUGAAGCAGAAGCUGAGAAGCAGUUUUUGUUUGAAAAAAUUAAGCUUCAGGAAAGUUUGAGGCCAACACAAAGCAGUGCAGGAACAAGUGACCCUUCUGACAUGAUGUACAUCAAAAUCCAGGACUUGCUCAAGAACAUGUAUACCGCACCAUCAAACACAGCAGCUCAAUCCAGCGACCUUCAUUCUCUGGAUGCUAUUCCUUGAGUCUGUCAGUCUGUGUAUUAGUUCUCGAAAUAUCUGACUUGGCAUGAGACUUUCACUUCACGGAUUGAAUCAUUGCUGUUAACGCUCUUGUACUAAUUCCUUGUAGCAUAGGAAAAAUAGAUAAUUCCAUCCUUGGUAUGUUUGUAAAGCCACUUGGUCUGUUUAUAGUCCUUGUUUCCCGUUUUGCAGCAAGCUUUAGCAAUUAGUAUACUCGUGCGUCGUCAUGUAAAAUUUCUACAAGUUUUCUUGAUUUAUGAACUGUCUGUGAUAUGUAAAAUUUCUACAAGUUUUCUUGAUUUA